UUUUUCUCCCACAAUGCUGUGCGGUUGGGGUUGUCGUGCGUGCGCUGUUUGUGGUGCUGAAGCUGCGCGUGCUACAGAUAUUCACUCGAGCAUCCCUCCGCGAGACGACCAAAACGAGGAAUCAGGUAGCGACGGAUGGGAACAUUGAGUUUGUUUCUGCCAGCUGUUUCAGCCUCAUUCAACGAAAUAUAAGCUUAAAUAUUUUUCGACAUUUACUUUAGCUUAAAUUCUUUAAACACACACUGACACCGCGGUAUUUGACGCUGUUUUUGAGGCACGAAUUCUCUCCUGCUCAGCCGCGUCUCUGCCUCUCCGUCCUGCAUCCUUUAUGCACAGCACGCUGCUCGGGUCUUCCCCAAUAAAACACACCUUAGUGUCCGAGCACCAUGGCCCGCUCCCGGCACUCUCACUGAGAGAGAUGGAAGCCAAGCAGCACCAGAUAAAAAGCCUUAAAAGCUACCCGGAAACCGGUGGCCGGAGCCUGGCCGCGGCUGCCGGAGCAGACGGGUGUCGAGCCGCUGAAAUGGACAUGGAGGCGAAGAUCCAGAAAGCCGUCGACUUCAAGGCAGAGGGUCACCGCUGCUACAAGGAGAAGAAAUUCCGGGAAGCGAUCGGCAAGUACCACCGGGCGCUGCUGCAGCUCAAAGGGGUGCAUUUGGUGGACGGGACCACGGGCUCCGAGGUCAACCUGCUGAACCAAGCCGCCGGCAAGCUGACCGAGGAUCAGCGGAGAGCCGUGCAGACUACCGAGAUCGAGUGCUACGACAACCUGACAGCGUGUCUGUUGCAAUCAGAGCUGGUGAACUACGAGCGGGUGAAGGAGUACUGCCUGAAGGUGCUGAGCCACCAGAGGGAUCACUUCAAGGCCAUGUACCGAGCCGGCAUCGCCUUCUAUCACCUGGGUGACUACGAGUGUGCCCUGCGCUACCUGCGUGACGCCAAGAACCGCGAACCCUCAGACACCAACGUGCUGCGGUACAUCCAGCUCACAGAGAUGAAGAUGAGCAAGUGCAGUCAGCGAGAGCGAGAGAGCUGCAAAGAGACCCAGGGCUAACCCUCGAUCUUUCGACCUCCUGACCCCAUCGACCUUUGACCCCGCAGCGACCCUCCCUCUGUCCUCGAUCGACUCCUGGCAGCAGCACAGCCCACAGGCGAGAAGAGACGGACCCAAAUACCCGCCAGCAAUGGAUAAAAACGGGAGACAUAUCAAGCUCUGUCUGCAACCCGACCUCCUUCUCUCCCCUCUUCUUCUCCCCCUUUUUCUCCCUCAGGUGCUGUGGCUCCUCUCCGUAGACAGUUUGUAGACAGUCGAUCAAACAUAAAAACAAAACAAAAAAUGCUGUAUUUUACUCAUACGAAAAAUGAGCUUCAAAACAUAGAUAUUAAUAAUUGACAUUUGCGUGAUUUAGUUAAUGUUUUAAAGACAUAAGAUGCAUUUUGUUUCCGCUCUCUUUUUCUCUCUGACUUCUCUCUCUUUGUCUUAUUUCAAACUCUUGAGGAGAAUAUGGGGAUUGUGAAGCUCGACCACACCGGGAGGAGAGCAUGAGUGUGUGUGAACAUGAGCAGGGGAUAGUGAGGGGUGUGUGACACAUAUCAAGACCGUACCCCAAUUUGAUUGUACAUCCUCCCCCAACAGGGCUCCCAGGGGCCCCUUAACGCAGACUGUGGGACAGACUAGCUCGGGAAAUCUUUCAUCAAGUAGAGAAAACGCCUGCCUCUCUGCUUAAUCUAUCGCUCUACUGGCUCUCUUUGCUUUCCUGGAUGCCAUGUAUCUCACUUUAUGGACCGUUUUCUUUUUCAAUUCAAGGGCUAAAUCAAGUGUUUGAAAUGUUUAUUUUGCUUUUGGUGUUCAUCAAACUCAGUAGAAUUGAAUCUGUGUCUCAGCGUUUCGCUAAACUGGUGUGUUUUGAGUCUUGUGUCCAAAGCCCCUCCUUGGUCGUGGGUCAUUGUUAGGACUGUCGAAGCCCCCCCCCCCCUCCCAUCUCCCCCACCACCCUCGUUCUCCUGUUAACGAUGUCACAACGGAAAAUAGCCAAUGGGAUCAGAGUUCCAGCGACCGCUGUUGGCUAGAUGGAAAUCCACUUUAAAGUUUCACAGUGAGAAACACUUCAAAAUGUCUAAUCGGAGGUCCAACCUUUUAUCACUAAUGCUGAAGCUUCCCAGACAUCGAUAACUCACGGAGGAGACUCUGGGCAGCGUUAGUGCAGGGAAAACAAUUACACACACAUCUGUCCCGACAGGCAAGACCACCAUCUAGGAGCACUCAUCUUUAGUGCACUUCAACAAGAGUGUGCCGUUUGAGAUUUCUUCCUCUUUAGUGUGUUGACAAAGCUUCUGUGUUUGAAAAUGUUUCCAAAACACAGAGCUGUAAGGACAGUUAACACACAGCACUAAAAACACUACUGAUGAUAUGGUUGUUGAUAUCUAUGGCUAGCUGUCAAAAUAUACAUAGAUCAUUUGCUUCUCUUGUGACUUGGAAAGCCAAAUCAUUGAUAAUGCAAAUAUUGCUUUUGUGAUAGAUUUACGACAAGCUUAAAUCUGCCUGCGCUGUUCUGCAGAAGGUUGGAUUGAGGAUUUAUGAAAGCAUGACCUGGAUUUGCCUUCUCUCUGAUGUCAUGAAACCCAGUUUCCUCUUGUGCGGGCCCACCUCCUGCAUGUACGUGCGGCUCCAGAGAGUUACUUCAGAUGUAUGGGAUGGGGAUUAUAUCUGCUCUAUUGCUUUCUGUCAUGGCAUGCUGCCACACUGUUCUCUCAUACCUCAAUGUUAUCCAUUAUGCCCCUUAUGAACACAGAAGGUGGUGACAGACUGUGAUCACAGCAGUGGAAUAUAGAUCAAAUAAAUGUGAGGAAAGAAAGAGGACUUUAAUGAACAGGGUCACAUUCUGCAUCUGCCAAGGUGACAGAUAAGACGUUAUUCCACUGCGUAUCCAAAAAAGAUGUGGGAGAUGAAAUCAAAGAAAGAUUUCCUUUACCCAUUUUUCAGUGACCUGCUAGGAGGUAAAUAGGGACAGAAGUGUGUCAAUGGGUCUCUGGAGAGAUGGCGGCAUGCGCUGAGGGGACCGACAUGAUACAGAGGGGCUCAGUGGGGGGGGGGGAAGUAGAGCAGCUGCAGCAGAGACACAACAUUAGAGGAUCAGAGCUGGGAGAUUUAUUAUUACACAUAAUUUGGCUAAAAGUAUGGAAACCUGAUACUUGAAAUAUUUGAUUGCCAUCUCAUACACUAAUUUCAUGUGUUAAUCUUCUAUUAUAACAACCAUUACUGCUCUGAGUCCAAAUAAAGUACAAUUGGACUCUCAAAGUAAUGGCAUAAUGUACAUGUAGGGCACUAUGUUGUCAAUAGAGACUGAUGUCAGACCAACACUAGACAGCUGAUUCACAGCUGAGAUUCGGUCCUGUGAGAAUAAGAAAGUUAUGUUAAUUUUUUGGAGCAGCAUUACGUUUUCCCCCAACUGAAAGUAAGAGACUCGAACAGAAAGACCAGGGUUGUCUAAUGAAUUGUGUAAGCCAUAUGCUGAACAUGAUAUGACAUCGAUUUUUAUCAAUAUAUAUAAAUAGCUAAUAGUGUUUUCCUAGUCUUAAUGUUAGUGUAACGUUUUCUUAAAGGAAAAGUUUGACAUAUUGGUAAAUGUUAUAAUAAUGAUGCUGCAGCAGGUUAGCUUAGCACAAAGACUGAAAAACAGGUGGUAACAUCUAGUCUGGCUCGGUCCAAAGUUACAAAAUCCACCUGCCAGCACCUCUAAAGCUCUCUCAUUAACAUGUCGUAUAUUGUUUAUGUAAUCUGUAAUAAGUCUGAAGUAAAGUGAUUAAACAUAUUUACCAAACUGUUGAACUACUCCUUCAAGUUAUCCCACUGUUUGAUUUGAAUGAAAUGCAAUCAAUGUUACCGAUUUAUCAGGGAAACCAAAUCAACACAACAUCAUAAAUUAAAGGCGAAAGAAAAUAAGGUGUAAUGAGUCAAAAACAUCUGAUCUCUCACCUCUGGGGUUGAGGCUCUGGUAUCAGAGGAAAUAAAUCAAAACAACAGAGAGUAAUGGCGCCCACAGGCUCGGUCUCCAUGGCUGCCUGGGCUGAGUCUCCUCACCCUCGGGCCCCUCGGGGAUCGGUCUCCUCCCAUGGUCCUCUCUCCAUGGCACUAGUCCGCCAUCUUGUUUUUGUCUAGUUGUGCCAAGUCAUUCUCGCUCAAUGUGUUUUACGACCGCCUAGGGACAACUAGCUGCACAUUACACAGGUUCUUGAUUAAUGGUAGAGUGACUUCGAGGUUGUUAUUGUGAGCAUAACUUGUGCAAAUAGAGAUCUCUGCAUCGGUGUAGCUUUGAAACAAACAACAAAAAGCACAACAACAACAACAACAAAAGUCAAACUACUGGCUGUGUUAUUUUUGCUUUGAUGUCAUUUGAUGUAAAUGUUUGUCAAAUGUCAGAGUCGUUUUUGUGAAUUAUAUGAUACAAAUGUACAAAAAAAAUAACAAAAAUGUAAAGUGUUAUGGUUGUGAAGAGCUUUACUUUAUUGAAAUACUUUAUCAACAGAAAAUAAAAGCAAGAUAUAGAGAAAGAUAAUUUAACUGAAGCUCCUCCACAGAGCUGCUUUGUGACUGUUUAUGUAUUUGUUGGUCUUUCUGUUGACGUCCAUUUUCGUCAGGGGAUCCAGAACCGGCUCGAAGUAUGAGCGUCCUUUGACCCUCCUGUUUGGAUGACCUUUGACCUCGACUCUACUGUGUCUGCGCAGUAAGACGAACACAGCAGAGAACUUUGAGGAACUUGUGUCAGAGCGCAGAGCGGCUCCUCACAGCCACAGAUCUUUGUUUCUGUGGCCGUGGGGGGGGGAAAGGGAAGCGCGUUUUGGGCCUUUUUCCAUUCAACAUCCAAACAUCAACUCCAUCACUGGUUUUACGGAACUGCUAGCCCGGGAAUGCACUAUUGAUUGGUAAAUGAAGAUUACGAAUAAAGUUUCAAACAAAGAGGAA